AUGGCGGAGCCGCGGAGUCCAGUGCACGGCACCGCAGCUACCGCCACCGUUUCGGAGAAAGAACCGUUUGGCAAGCUGCAGUCCCCCUCCGGGGAUCCGCCGAGCUCUCUGUCUGCCAAAAAGGUCCGGACCGAGGAGAAGAAGGUGCCGCGGAGAGUGAACGGAGAAGGGGGCAGCGGUGGGAACAGCAGGCAGCUGCCGCCGCCAGCGGUACUUUCGUCUCAGAGCUGUGGCAGCCCUGCGUGCUGGAGCUUCGCCCCUCUGUCUGCUGCCCCCUCCCCGUCUUCCUCUUCCCGUAGCAGCGUUUCUUUCUCCGCUGGCCCGGCCGCCCCUUCCUCAGCCUCCGCUUCCUCGUCUCAGCCGCUGCCGCGCAAAAUGCUGGUCCCUCCUACGCUGCUGCACGCUCAGCCCCACCACCUCCUGCUGCCGGCCGCCGCCUCCUCGGCUGCCGCCAAGCCGCGCAGACCCAAGGAGAAGAGGGAGAAGGAGAGGCGGAGGCACGGCCUCGGCGGGGCGGGCGAGGCCGUCGGGGCCGCCCGCGAGGAGAACGGGGAGGUGAAGGCGCUGCCGCGAGAUAAAAUCAAAGACAAAAUCAAAGAGAGAGACAAAGACAAAGAAAAAGAAAAAGAGAGAGAGAAGAAGAAGCAUAAAGUAAUGAAUGAGAUCAAGAAAGAGAAUGGAGAAGUAAAAAUUUUGUUGAAAGGUGGGAAGGAGAAACCAAAAACAAAUAUAGAAGAUUUACAAAUUAAAAAGGUAAAGAAGAAAAAGAAAAAGAAACAUAAAGAAAACGAAAAACGGAAACGUCCAAAAAUGUAUAGCAAAUCUAUUCAGACCAUCUGCUCAGGAUUGCUAUCUGAUGUUGAAGAUCAAGAAGCCAAAGGGAUCCUAAGUGAUAACAUAAAGGACUACAUUGGAAAGAAUUUGGAUACCAAGAACUCUGAUUCCAAAAUUCCAGAAAACAGUGAGUUUCCAUUUGUCUCAUUAAAGGAGCCACGGGUUCAGAAUAACCUCAGAAGGUUGGACACUUUGGAGUUCAAACAGCUCAUUCAUAUUGAGCACCAGCCUAAUGGAGGUGCAUCAGUUAUCCAUGCCUACAGUAAUGAGCUCUCCCAGUUGUCUCCUGUGGAGAUGGAGAGGUUUGCAGAAGAAUUUGUGGGACUGGUAUUCAGUGAAAAUGAAAACUCUGCAGCUUUUUAUGUAAUGGGUAUUGUUCAUGGGGCAGCUACUUAUUUACCUGACUUUUUAGACUACUUUUCAUUUAAUUUUCCCAAUUCACCAGUGAAAAUGGAGAUAUUAGGAAAGAAAGAUAUAGAGACAACAACUAUGUCCAAUUUUCAUGCUCAGGUAAAAAGAACAUAUUCUCAUGGUACUUACAGAGCUGGCCCAAUGAGACAGAUCAGCUUGGUGGGAGCAGUUGAUGAAGAAGUGGGAGAUUACUUCCCUGAGUUCCUUGACAUGUUGCAAGAUUCACCCUUUUUAAAAUGUACACUGCCAUGGGGGACACUAUCUAGCUUGAAAUUGGAGAAUCGAAAAGACAGUGAUGAUGGUCCCAUUAUGUGGGUACGGCCAGGAGAACAAAUGAUCCCUGUGGCUGAUAUGCCAAAGUCACCUUUCAAAAGGAAAAGAACUACCAAUGAAAUUAAAAACCUGCAGUACCUACCUCGAACCAGUGAACCCCGUGAGAUGCUCUUUGAAGACAGGACAAGAGCCCAUGCAGAUCACAUAGGACAAGGUUUUGAACGACAGACUACAGCCGCUGUGGGAGUGCUGAAGGCUGUUCACUGUGGAGAGUGGCCUGAUCAACCUCGAAUAACCAAAGAUGUAAUUUGUUUUCAUGCUGAAGAUUUCUUAGAAGUAGUUCAACGAAUGCAGUUAGAUUUACAUGAACCCCCACUGUCUCAGUGUGUCCAAUGGGUUGAUGACGCAAAGCUUAACCAAUUGAGGAGGGAAGGCAUCCGCUAUGCCAGGAUUCAGCUGUACGAUAAUGACAUUUAUUUUAUUCCGAGGAAUGUUGUGCAUCAGUUCAAGACGGUUUCAGCUGUUUGCAGUUUGGCGUGGCAUGUUCGUCUUAAGUUAUAUCACUCAGAGGACGACACUUCUCAGAAUACAGAACCAAGUACAUCGUCAAAUCUUACAUCAUCAGUUCUUGGACCUCAUACAGACAAUAUGACUUGUGCUAUAAGCAAAGCAUCCUUGGAUUCUGUUAUUUCAGAAAAAUUUCAUUCUAAAUACGAAUUACAGAAAAUUAAACAUGAACCUUUUGCAUCAGUAAGAAUCAAGGAAGAGCCAGUGAGUGUUAAUAUUUCUGAAAAGACUAGAGCAUCUAAUAAUAUGGAUGGCAAGAAUACUAAAGCAAAAUUGGAUCAUGUUCAAUUUACAGAAUUUAAGACUGAUAUGGACUCUAAGUUUGAAAAUAGAAACAAAGAUUUAAAGGAAGAAUUGUGUGCUGGAAGUCAUAUGAGUCUAGUUGAUACAAGGCAAGAAAGAAAAGAUAAUGACAUUUCGUGCUAAAUUUGUACAUAUCACUUAAGAUUUUUUUUUAAUUUAAUAAUGUAAUAAAGAUUCAUGAAUUCUAAAAGC